AUCAGGAUGGUGGGCGGGCGUUCUGCUGAGAUCGCGCGGAAAGAGUGUGUCCGACCUGGCAACCCGCGCCUCUCGUGCUGGAGCAGCUCUGAACUUUGCUCAAGAUGUCUCUGAGUGAGAAGACAGAUGAGGAGCUGGCUAAUCUACUUUCUGAGUAUGGAAUCAAACACGGACCCAUCGUAGACUCCACUCGGAAACUGUAUGAGAGGAAACUAGAAGAAGCCAUGAAGGAAACUCCGGAGCAGCCGACCUCCGACAGACUCCUACAGAGAGGAAGAGGAGGAGGUGACCUACAUCACCUACCACAGCCCGGUGAAGCAGGACGCUUACAGCGUGUACUGGAGCAAAGAAACCACUCUGAGCCGGAGGACCAGGAGGAGGACCAGCAGGAGGACCAGGGAGGACCAGCAGGAGGAGGAGGACCAGCAGGACCAGCAGGGACCAGGAUGCAGAACUGCCUCGCUCCAGACCACCAAAGCUGUCAAUCAUCGGGCUGCCCGCCCCCGGAGGAAGGAAGCGUGCGAGCUGCGUGUGGACGCUGCUGAAGCUGCUGCUGCUCGCCGUGUUGGCCGCCGCCUCUACCUGUCCCUGUGCCGGCUGGCCGAGCCGGCGGACGCGGGCCGAGCUGUAGGUGUCCUUAUGGUUUCACAGCCUCCAGCACUGUGACGGGAUCAGUUCUCAGUCGUUACUCUGCUUCGCUGUAUUUUCCAGCCGCUCUGCCGGCUGCUCUGCCGGUGCUCUGCCGGCCGCUCUGACGGCCGCUCUGCCGGCCGCUCUGCGGUCGCUCUGCCGGCUGCUCUGCUGCUCGCUGCAGGCGCUCUGGGUCGCUCUGCCGGUCGCUCUGCCGGUCGCUCUGCCAGCGCUCUGCCGUCUGCCGGCGCUCUGCCGGCCGCUCUGACGGCCGUCUGCCGGCCGCUCUGCCGGCCGCUCUGCCGGCCGCUCUGCGGCUCGCUUGCGGUCGCUCUGCCCGGUCGCUCUGCCAGCGCUCUGACGGCGCUCUGCCGGCUGCUCUGUGCUCGCUCUGCGGUCGCUCUGCCGGUCGCUCUGCACGGCAGCUUCCAGAGGAAUGUUCUGCAGCUCGUUGUUUUCUCAGUUCGGCUCUGAUGUAAUGCUACAUGCUGAACCAGAGGAGUGCUCUCAUUGGAUCAAUAGAUGGGUGCAGUCGACCCUCUGGCCGGCUGCUUUGGGGCCCGGGUUGUUUCUCCCCUCCAGCCUGUGUUCUGAGGAAACUGCUUCCUUCUGCCUCAUUCUGGCUUUCUUCCACAAUGCUCUUGUCUUCUGAACUUUGCUUUUUGUGCUGCAGCUGUGAUCCGUGUCAGGAUGCUUCCAUGUAGCACCACGGGGAAACCAAAGAGUUUUAAAUCAGGGGAAAUAAAAUAAAGUUUAC